AUGCAGACCAAUGACACCCUCAUCCUCACUGACAACACUUUUGCGAACCGCGAGAAAAAUGAGAUUAAACAAGCUAAUAUUCUUUGCAAACCACAAGAGAAGCUUACACCUUCAAACCUGUUAAAAUUCAACGGUGGCCUCAUUACGGAGGAUGCCCAGGCAAAAGACGACUUCAAGUCACUUAACAAGCGCCUCCAAUGGCAACUUGAUAAUGCUGAACGCAGAUUACGCUUUGUACGUCUAGAUUUGGAUUCGCUACACCUCAUAAUCUUUGCAGAUUCGUCCUUUGCAAACAAUAAGGAUUUCUCCUCCCAAAUUGGCUUUAUCAUUGUUCUGGCAGAUGGCGCAAAUAACGCAAAUAUUGUACAUUGGUCCUCAAUCAAGUGCAAGCGCGUCACAAGAAGCGUACUCACUUCUGAACUUUAUGCUAUGGUUCACGGCUUCGAUUCGGCUGCGUCAAUCAAAUCAACAACAACGCAGCUUUUACAUCUCACUAAGCCCCUUCCCCUUGUUAUCUGCACUGACUCGAAGAGCCUAUACGAAUGCCUCGUCAAAUUAGGCACUACCCAAGAAAAACGUCUAAUGAUUGACCUCAUGUGCCUCCGUCAAUCAUACGAGCACCAGGAAAUCGCAGAAAUCAAGUGGAUUGACGGUGAAAGCAAUCUAGCCGACAUUAUGAUAAAGAGCAACCCAUGUCGCGCUUUACAGGCACUUAUUAAUACAAAUAAGCUAAAUAUCAAUGUGGAUGGAUGGGUGGAAAGAUCUACAACACCUCUAACGCAAUAUACACCAAUCCCUUCACCUCAUCAAUCCUGUACCGCUCAUUAUACUGUCCCUAUUUCUUAG